GUGUGUGGGGUAAAAACAAGACAAAGGUCAAUGUAGUCAUGUUUUUUUCAAGAUGAUUUAUAAGUGUCAAUCAUUUUAGAUUUUUUUUAAGAAAUAAACUUAAGUUCAGGUGAGAUAAAUCUUUGAUACCCAUCGUUUAAAUUCAGUACAUUGAUUUAUAUUGCAACCUUCAUCUGAUGGUAUCAAACAUUUUCAGAAGAACAUCACAUUUAAGAAAGUUGAAAAUCACCCCAAAAAUAUCAGAAGAAUAUUUCACAAUAAAUAAUAACAUUGUAUCUACAUUAUUUUUAAUGUAUUAUCACACCAACAAGACAACUUCAAAAUAUUAUUACAAUUUACCAUCUGUAAUUGGUAAAGAAGGGCAUUCAAUGAAAUGACACGCUUUUUAUAAAAACUUUGAGAAAAUGCAUGUACCUUGUUUGAGAAAAAACACCAAAUAUUCUGAAAGAUUGAACUGUGUGAGCGUCGCUGGAGCACUUCAGGUUAUUUAUUUGUACCCGUAGGUAGAUUUAGUUUGCAGAGAAAAAGACAAGGGAUCCAUCCGGACACUAAAAACAAACAGACACAUCUCUAAUAAAAGGAGUGGACCAGUUCAGAUCUCCAAAUAUUUCAAAAACAUAUUAAGAAGGAAAACACUAGUACAAAAUGGACAUUCAUAAUUAAAUAAAUACGCAUCUGUGUGACGCUCCUAUGAUGUGUACAUUUGUGCAAUAGCUGCUGAGAUAAAACUGUUGUUACACCGCUUCGUUCUACUCUGGGAAAACUAACCUCCGGCCCGAAGGAAGUGCAGAGGGUGGGAGUCAUGGUCUCGUAUGGAGCUGGAAUUCACAGUUUGGAUCAGAACUCAAUUUUGAGUCAAUAAUUGUCCCGAGAUAUUUGUACGAUUGCACAAAUUCUACUUUCUGAUUCCUGAUUGUUAGACUUCAUGGGGAUGUCUUCUAAAAUCAAUGAUCAUGCAGGACAAUGUUUCCCUUUCAGGUACUGCCGCACUUAUUUCCCAGACUGUUCAAAGUGCAGUAGGGCAUUCAUGAAUGAGGUCCCUGUACCUUUCUUCUCUGGGACCUUCAGGCACCAGCUGACACGGCAGAUCCUUCUCAAAGUUCCUCAUCAGCAGCUUCACAGCUUCCUCUGGACUUUUAUGAGUUUAAGAAUGUCUGACAGAAACGGAAUCUUACAUUAAAUAACGUUCAGCUCUUGUGUUUCCCUUUGAUUGCAGUUAAACAUCUAACCUUAAAGAUUACAGCUGACUGAAGAUGGCAGCUCCGCAUUAGCCUCCUCAUAAUAUAAUAUGAUAUUUCUGACAUAUUUGUUUACAUUUUUUGGACUGCUAUAGUAUGUUUUUUUUAACAUGCGACAUUUGUUCCUCUCACAGUUUUGACAUUACUUUAUUUUUGUACAUAGAAUGUUUUUUUAUAAAUAUACUGUAUAUAUAUAUAUUUUUUUUUUUAGAUUUUGUUCAGAUUUAUUUUAUUUUAUACUAUGACGUUUUUAUGAGUUUUGUGACAUACUAAACUAUCUUGUUUGUUCUGAUAUGUAAAACAGUUUUUGCGAUUAAAUGUAAAAAAAUCAAGCUUUUCGACAAACUAUGUAUUUUUUUGGUUAAUUUUUUACGUCAAUGCAGUUUUUUCAGAUAUUCGUUCAACAUAUUUUGACUUACUAUACAAGACCAUUGUCAAAUGUGAUCUUAAUCUUAAAAGCAACGACAUGACUUCAUUAAGAGUUGCAAAAAGGGAAAUGCUUUAUUUUUUACAAAUAUUUGAUAGAGCUGCGGCCGCUCAGGAAAUGCAUCAUAAAGUGGAGCCAGGUGGGGUGCUGGGAAUCUUUUAGAACUGUAAAUAAGUUGAAUGAGUGGAAUACGCUUUGGAUCUAAAAUGACUUAAAAUGCAAAACUUAGGGUACUGUUAAACACAUUUGUUUUGUCUUUUAUCUGCACAUAUGAGACCAUGGUAAAUACCAUAGUCAAACUGUACGAGUGUGUUGUGAAGCUCACCCUUCUCCAUCUCCCUGCCUGCCUAUCAGGAAGUCAUCAAGGUGAUCCAGCCGGUGUUCUUGGGGAAGAUGAUUAUUUACUUUGAGAACUACGACCCAGAAGACAUGGCGGCUCUGUACGAGACUCUGGGCUACGCGGCCGGCCUCUCCGUCUGCUCCAUCGGACUCGCCCUGCUCCAUCACCUCUACUUCUACCACGUCCAGAGGACAGGCAUGAAGAUCAGAGUGGCCAUGUGUCACAUGAUCUACAACAAGGCUCUGUGUCUCAGCAGUUCAGCCAUGGGAAAGACCACCACGGGCCAGAUCGUCAACCUCCUUUCCAACGACGUCAACAAGUUUGAUGACGAUCCGCGGUGGGGUCUGGGAUCAGGAUCAUCGAGGUGUACGUCUGGGAGAAAUCCUUCGCUGGUAAAAACAUGAAAGGCAUUCUUGUUGAAUUGAAGAGAUUUGAGAAGUGAGCCAAGGACUACAAACCAAAACCUACAGCAUAAAAAAGGACAGCUUCUACAGCCCUCCGAGGGCCCGCUACAUACCUACAUAACCAUGAUUUAGUUUUGAUUCACACUUAAUGUUACAGUUGGUAUAUUACCUUUAACAAAUGUGGUCCAGAUUUACACAAGUACUGGUAGAUUAAGGUCAUCCACUAGUUACAGUUUGAACUAACAUCUUAAGAACUGUGCUUUUAUUGUGAAGGAUCUACUGAUGUUGGCUCUGCUUUUUGCUUGUUGUCUAAAUGCAAGCUUCGCUGUCUGCAUUGAGUCUCUGCUCUUUAAAUAUUUGGUUAUUAAUUGCAUAAACUAUUUUUUAACCACACCUCAAAUGCUCCUUGCAUUUAGAUGGCAUGUAAAGAUAUGCAGCAGCACACUUCUGAAGUGUGACCGUUGUUUCACUUUGUUGCCUACUAUGCAUUUAUUCACGCACGCCUGUAUUGAUUUGCAUUGAUCACAUGCAACUUUUUGCAAUUAUUAUUAUAAUGAAUAUUAUUAUGUCAAUAUGAUCCCUCAAGGAUGUUUUUCAUGCUUUGUAUUUUAUACUGCUCAAAAACUGUGUUAAAAUAGGUCACAAGACUGCUGCUUUAUUUUAUUCUCUAUGCCUCAUUUCUAUAUUCAUACUCUGUGUUAACAAGCCCUAAAAACCUGCAUUGGGAAAUAAAAUGACGUGCAAUAAAGUUUAA